CAAUAGGCUGCGAGAAGAGGCGGGACUUCCUCUGUCAAAGACACGUGUAUCGGGAAGUAGGAAGUAAAUACGGAGGAGGCGAGCUGCCGCUGGAAAGAAGUCUGGCACCAUGCUGGAAGGCUACAGCCCUGUGACCCAGGCUCUGCUGGGGACUCUGUUCACCUGGGCUCUGACUGCUGCCGGAGCUGCCCUGGUGUUUGUCUUCUCCAGCCGCCAGAAGCGCAUCUUGGAUGGAAGUUUGGGCUUUGCAGCUGGGGUGAUGUUGGCUGCUUCCUAUUGGUCACUGCUGGCACCGGCAAUCAACAUGGCGGAGGAAUCCGGGAAGUACGGCUCUUUCGCUUUCUUGCCUGUGGCUGUGGGAUUCACCCUGGGAGCGGCCUUCGUCUACUUCGCCGACCUGGCCAUGCCCCUGCUGGGCGUAGGAGCGGACCCCCACAUCGCGCUGGCUCUCCCCCCCCAGUCCAAGCUGCCCAAAGAGAAAGCUGACGAGCCGUCGUUCCAUCUGCUGGACUCGGAUGAGAUGACCAUCCGGAUAGGUAGAGCUGCACCUCUCUCAGAUAAAAUGGAUAACGGUGACGUGUACCAGAGGAGGAGAGGACCUCAAUCGGCCGGCUCGGAUGGGCAGGAAACAGGAAGUAAACAACAGGAAGGCGUCGGCCAGGCGACCAGCAGCUGGCGACGAAUCGUUCUCCUCAUCCUCGCCAUCACCAUCCACAACAUCCCAGAGGGUUUGGCGGUGGGGGUUGGAUUUGGAGCCAUUGGAAAGACUUCAUCGGCUACUUUUGAAAGCGCCAGAAAUUUGGCCAUCGGUAUCGGCAUCCAGAAUUUCCCAGAAGGCCUGGCGGUGAGCCUGCCGCUCCGGGGAGCGGGCAUGUCGACAUGGAGAGCCUUCUGGUAUGGCCAGCUGAGCGGCAUGGUGGAGCCCAUCGCUGGGUUGCUAGGCGCCGCCGCCGUCGUCCUGGCAGAACCGCUCCUGCCAUACGCAUUGGCAUUCGCCGCCGGGGCCAUGGUGUACGUGGUGGUUGAUGACAUCAUACCCGAGGCUCAGCUCAGUGGCAACGGGAAGCUGGCAUCCUGGACGUCCAUCCUGGGCUUCGUUGUGAUGAUGUCACUGGACGUCGGGCUGGGCUGACGUCGCGGUGACAACGGAACGCUCGACGGCCGUGAUGUCGGUGCUGUGCUGCUGACGUUACUUUUUAAAAAGGGGCCCAAACAAAGUGUUUUAUUGUGAAACACUGUCCGGUUAGUUUGAAUUAUUGCUACUUGAAAAUGAAGACAGAAACACACUGUUUAGUAAAGCCAGAUGUGAGGAUGUUGAAAUGUGUUUUUUUUUUUUUUUUCCAUAUCCAAUUUAGGAAUGAAUGUAUGACUAUUUAAUGAAGAUCCUCUUGGUUCCAAAGUUUGUAAAUGUUUUGAUGAGGGAAUACGGCUUUUUGAAGUUCUUUUCAUUUAGUCAUAAACGUGAAAUGAUUCUUUCUUUGUGAACAUCUUUUGUGUACUCAUCGUACAUCGUUUUUGUAUUCAUGAUGGCGAUACUUGAUGUGUGGUUGAUUUGAUUUAUGGGAUUGCUAAACAAAUGAUUUGAUAUUCUCCUUACACUAUUUUUUGUGUGUCUACACAAUGAGUCUCAUUAGGAUUAAAGUAACUUGUUUACUUGUUAAAAGUUACUUUGAUAUCCUCGCAGUGCCUUCUUCUUGCAAUAAUCUACUGCCCCCCACUGGCCAGUGUGAGGAGGCACAUGUCUAAUUAUUUAAAUGCUGAAGUUAAUGCUAAAUAACAUGAGAAGUUUCUACAUAAUUAAACAACCAAAAGUGA